AUGCUUUCCAAGCUGAUUACCUUCACUCUCGCCGUCGCCCUGGCCUUUGCGCAGGUCAACGCAGAAUCUCACACCGUCAUUUUCACCAACAAGUGUGACUUUGGCACGCCCAUCCUGAGGGCGUCGGACGGCGAGAUCUUAUCUGUGGGUGGUGACUACACGUCAGACGGCGCUCUCGUGGGUGCCAUCGCCAUGUCCAUGCUGACCCCACUCUCUGUGCGGCUUUCCAAAUAUCCAGGCCCUUGCGGCGACAAUGGCGAAGGGUGCACGGUCAUCGAGACGACGCUUCAAAACGACUACAGCAGCACAGAUAUCUCGCUUGUUCCUCCCCACAAGUUCUCCGUCACCGGCGGCUUCGGCUACUUCGACGGCUGCAACGGCGCCGGUGCUGACUGCGCGUAUUCCACCUGCCCUACCGCGCUCCUCUACUCCAACCAGACUUGGUUGCAGGUAGCGUGCACUGACCUCAAUGUUAACCUCGCCAUCACCUUCUGCGACUGA